CCUGUUUUCUUCCUUGUUAAUAAAGUUUUGCAUUUCCUGUACGUUUACAAUCGAACGAAUAUGUCUGCUGUCGCCUAGGUAACGGGGCCUACAACUUGAAGUUUGAUCAGGCAGACAUGACAACGGAGCCUUCCCUCCAGUAAGCCAUCUGUGUAACUGUAUUUGAGGUAUAUGCCCUGCUGUACAAAAAUGGCAGAUUACGAGGAGAGAGAAAGGUGGUCAAAAGGAUCAGAAGACCAUGCUGCAGAAGCAAUGGCUGCUGACAUGGAUCCCUGGAUAAAGUUUGAUGCAAGAAAGUCUCCGCGAGCUGAGUUUGAAGACUGGCUAGAAACGUAUCGUCCUUCUAGGGUCUCUCGUUUCGGUAAUCCUGAAGAAGGAUCUGGACCAGUAGGGUGGUUGGCAGUGUAUGGCCCCGGUUUUUGUCCACAGAUCGAAGGUAGAAAAGAACUUCAGGAUGCCUGGGACAAGCUUCAGAGUACCGGACGGAAAAUCAACUAUGAUCUUGUCCGAGAGUUGGCCCUUAACUAUGGUGUAAUAUCUGGAAAAUGGCUGAUGCAUUUAGACACAGGCUUCAAAGUUGACCAUGCAUGGUGUGGAAUAGCGACUGCAGUGAUAGAAGGUCGUCUUAGAGUAGCAAAAGUAAGUCCUCAUCAGCAAGAUAGCAAACAUGUUAUAUGUGUGUAUACAUGUGACUUUACAGAUGAGGAAAGCAUCAUGCAAACAGAUGCCGUCAUCCGCAGCUCAGGUGUAAAAUGCCCACUAUUUUACAAGCCAGAUGUCUACACUCACCUAGGCAUCUAUAGAAACAACCAGUGGCAAAUAUGUCCUACCAUAUAUGAAAGUCGAUAUGAUCUGGAAUGCAUUCCUCGGAGAUCAAGAGUUACCAACAAAAUUACUAACAUAGAAGUGACAUAAAGUGAAAUUCUUACCUAAAUCACAUUAAAAACAAACAUAAAAAUUGUUUUACUCAAUAUUUGUGUGGAUUGUUUGGCCAAUUCUUCUGUUCUAAGGACCAACCUAUGUUGAAAUAC